AUGCUACUUUUGAACAACUGUUUUUUUUUAGGUAUCGACUUUAAAAUAAGAACAAUUGAGUUAGAUGGCAAAAAAAUCAAGCUUCAAAUAUGGGACACCGCAGGUCAAGAACGUUUUCGCACAAUAACUACUGCUUAUUAUAGAGGGGCCAUGGGUAUCAUGUUGGUUUACGAUAUUACGCAAGAGAAAUCCUUCGAAAAUAUUAAAAAUUGGAUCCGGAAUAUAGAAGAAAAUGCUUCCGCUGACGUAGAAAAGAUGCUAUUGGGCAAUAAAUGUGAGCUCAAUGAAAAACGACAGGUUUCUCGGGAAAGAGGAGAGCAGUUGGCCGUAGAAUAUGGCAUAAAGUUUAUGGAAACUUCUGCAAAAGCCAGUAUCAAUGUGGAAGAAGCUUUUCUAACAUUGGCUAGCGAUAUAAAAUCAAAAAUGGAAAAACGAUUGGAAGCCAACAACCCACCAAAGGGAGGUCAUCAAUUGAAGUUUGCCGAAAAUCGAAAAACAGAGACUUGGUUAUCGAGAUGUAAUCUACUUUGACGCGUUCAAAUAAAUUUGCAUACCAUAGAAAAAAACAUAAUUCUCAGAUGUUUAAAAAUUAAGUGGUUUUAUAAUUAAAAACUGGAAAA